AUGAUGAAGGCUAUCCACAUAGCCAAGGGAGUAAUGAUGGUAACAAAGCAGCGUCCUCGUAUUCUGGAAGAUGUUGAGAAACUGCUUCUCGUUUGGAUAAACAAGAAACAGUUGGCUGGUGAUACAGUCACUGAGGGCAUCAUUUGCAAGAAAGCAGGGGCAUGGUACAAUGACCUGAAGACUAAGUUGCCAGGUCCAUCUGUAAAGAACGAAGAGAGCUUCAAGGCGAGCAGUGGUUGGUUCAAGAACUUCAAGAGAAGGACUGACCUCCAUAGUGUUGUCCGGCAUGGGGAGGCUGCGAGCGCCAACACCAAGGCAGCAGAGGUAUUCGUCAAAGAGUUUGAAAGGCUUGUGGUUUCCGAGUGUUAUGUGCCGCAGCAAGUUUUCAAGUGCGAUAAGAUGGGGCUUUUUUGGAAGAAGAUGCCCAAAAGCACCUAUAUCACUGCUGAGGAGAAGGUCAUGUCUGGUCAUAAGCCCAUGAAAGACUGUCUCACCCUCUUGUUUUGUGCCAAUGCAAGCAACGACUUCAAGGUGAAACCUCUGCUUAUCUACCACGCAGAAAAUCCACAAGCCUUCAAGAAAUGUAAGUUUCAGAAGAGUCAGCUCAAUGUGUUAUUGAGGUCCAACAGCAAGGCUUGA